CCUCCAGGAAAAAACCCGCCCCGCGGGGCGUGGCGGGGACGCCGGGCCGCGCAGCCUGCGCAUGCGCCGGGUCGCCUGCCAUGCCCAUAUAGCCACCGCCUCUGCGCGUCGCCCUCCACGGUUACCCCGGUUCUUCGCCCCUCCUUCCCGCGGCGCUCUAGGGACCAUGGCCGAACCUCGCGUGAGACAGAUCAAGAUCAAGACCGGCGUGGUGAAGCGGUUGGUCAAAGAAAAAGUGAUGUAUGAAAAAGAGGCAAAACAACAGGAAGAAAAGAUUGAAAAAAUGAGAGCUGAAGAUGGUGAAAAUUAUGACAUUAAAAAGCAGGUAGAGAUCCUACAAGAAUCCCGGAUGAUGAUCCCAGAUUGCCAGCGCAGGUUGGAAGCCGCAUAUUUGGAUCUUCAACAGAUAUUAGAAUGUGAAAAAGACUUGGAAGAAACUGAGGAAUAUAAAGAAGCACGUUUAGUACUGGAUUCAGUGAAGUUAGAAGCCUGAAACUUUUCUUUUAUGGGGUGGUUUUUGCAUUGAAUCCUGGGGUCCAUUUUACAAUCCAUUAUUUUUGACCACUGCUGUGUGUUCAAGUAGUGUGAGAAUGUGAUUGCCUUUAUCUGGUUACGUAUGUAUUUCUUUGUCUAAUUUAAUAUGUCAAAUAAAUGAAUACAUCUAAUAAAAUUGUUUAUUUUGUA